CUUUCCGCUUUCCGCCUUCCAGCCGCCGCGGCUUCUCCUCCGUGUCGCUCUCGCGGCUAUGGCGCCUCUGGGUUACCCGCGCUUGCUCCUCCGAGCCUCGGCCCGGGCCGCCUGGGGAGGGGGCGGCGGCUGCGAUGGCUGCGGCUGCCGACACCUGCCCAGGGCUGCGCGUCGGCUGCAUCUGACGGCCCCCAGGAAUGAAGCAGUUGUCAUUUCUGGACAGAAGCUGGCCCGGCAGAUUAGGCGAGAAGCCUGCCACGAAGUAGAACAAUGGGUUGCUGCUGGCCACAAAAGGCCCCAUCUCAGCGUAGUUCUAGUGGGAGAAAAUCCUGCCAGCCACUCCUAUGUGCUGAACAAGACCCGAGCAGCCGCUGACGUGGGAAUUAGUAGUGAGACAAUCCUGAAACCGGCCUCUAUCACAGAAGAGGAGCUGCUUGAUUUAAUUGUCAAACUAAAUCAUGAUACCAAUGUCGAUGGCCUGCUUGUACAGCUUCCUUUACCAGAGCAUAUUGACGAGCGAAAGAUCUGCAACGCUGUGAACCCUGAAAAGGAUGUGGAUGGAUUCCACGUGGUGAAUGUAGGCCGCAUGUGCUUGGACCAAUAUUCCAUGUUGCCUGCCACACCUUGGGGCGUGUGGGAAAUCAUCAAGAGGACAGGGAUCCCAACCCUGGGCAAGAAUGUGGUGGUGGCAGGGCGAUCCAAGAACGUUGGCAUGCCCAUUGCAAUGCUUCUCCACACAGACGGACGGCAUGAGCGCCCAGGAGGGGAUGCAACAGUAACAAUUUCUCACCGCUACACUCCAAAAGAGCAGCUCAAACAGCACACAAUCCUUGCUGACAUUGUGGUUGCAGCUGCAGGCAUUCCCAAUCUGAUUACAGCUGAUAUGAUCAAAGAAGGAGCUGCUGUAAUUGAUGUUGGCAUAAACAGAAUCCAGGAUCCUGUCACUGCCAAGCCAAAACUUGUUGGAGAUGUGGAUUUUGAAGGAGUCAAGCAGAAAGCCAGUUACAUCACGCCAGUUCCUGGUGGGGUUGGCCCCAUGACUGUUGCUAUGCUUAUGAAAAAUACCAUUAUUGCUGCCAAGAAAAUGCUGCGAGCCCAGCAUUUUGAAACCUUCACUGCUUGAUGAUGGACUUCUUGUGGCCAAAAGUGACAUUCCAGAGUGUCUCCCUAGAAGCAAUGCAGUAUUUAUUUAUUUGAUGAAAUGUUUUGGCCAGCUGCUCUGCAAUAUUUAUAUGAAGCAAUUUUCUUCCAAGGCAGCGUAGCCCCUGCCAGUCGUAUACAUGAUUCCUAUCUUUUAAACUGCUAUUCUGAAAUGCAGAAAAUGAGAAUACAACUUGAAUGAGAAAGUUGAUUCCUCACUCUUUAGGCAGCCUGAAAGAGUAACAAAGGGCCAAAAAUGUGUUUUUAUAGUAAAAAUGUUUUAGCAUACACUUGAAUUGACUAACCUUGGCUGAAGCCAGGAUAUAAAUUAUUUGUUAGGAUUAUAAUGCAGCUAAUCUGGAGUCAAAAGUUACUAUUUUCUACAAAGCCAUAUUUAUAUUUAAUAGUGCUUAGCAAAGCAGUUCAGCCUGUUCAGUACUCAGUUUUUUCCUGUUUUAAAGGAAAAAUUGGCUUGAAAGCUAGACGAUGCUUAAGAUAAAAUAAAUGUGAGUUCUCCAUGCUUAUUCCAACUUGCUUUGUGUUUAUCUGAGCAAGUAGUAAUAUUGCUGGAUGUAUCUGAAUAAAAGUAAUUGUUACUUGCUUGUAAA